GUAUUAAUUUCUGUUAUUUUCUUUUACUAGAGAGGUUGAAAAAUGUCGUCUUCCCAGUUCAGCGACAAACCACAAAAUAUUAACUCUGCACAACUCAAUCCUGCUGCUCCCCCACCUGCCCAGUUGAAUGUUCCUGGAUAUAAUCUAUCUCCUAAUCCUCAGAUGUGGAAUGCCCCUACUGCACAACAGUGGAACCCCCAGGCUCCUCAGCAAUGGAACAAUCCAAUAAUUACGGUUACACCUCAGAUGACCCAGUCAACUAUGUUCCAUCAAGAAUUUCUGAAGGGUAAACCAAAAGCCCUGGGGAUUACCCUAAUCAUUGUGGGCAUAAUACACUUUGGCAUGGGUUUUGGUCAAAUCUUCACAUCAUCCUUAAUUGCAAUUUACAGUGGAAUCCCAUUCUGGGGAGCUAUUUUUAACAUCAUUGCAGGAUCUUUGUCAGUGGCAGCUGUGUCCAAGCCUUCCAUAUGUCUGAUAAACGGCUCCCUGGGCUUGAGCAUUAUGAUAUCCAUUUUCUCAGUUGUUGGAUUGAUACUGAACAUUGUGGAUUUCUUCGUUAAUUAUUAUUGCUAUGAUUAUAAUUAUGAAUAUUAUUAUGGCUAUGAAUGUAAUGGUUCAAUUGUUGGAGGCCAUGUUCUCCGUGGAUUUUUCAUUCUUACAUAUCUGCUGCAGUUUUCUGUUUCCGUUAGUCUUUCUGUGUUUGCCUGUCGGGCCCAAGCGCACUCAAAUUCAACACAACCUGCUCAGGUAUUUGUGAUACAGAACAGUGCUCCAGUUUUUCAACCAUCUGCAGUUCCUGGAUCCUAUCCUACCUACCCUCCUCAACAACCACCCCCUUACAUGACACAAAGUGGGAUGGGUGGUGGACCAACAGUAUACCAGAAUCCCUCAUCUUAAAGAGACGUGACUUUCUUUUACUCCUUUGUUUCAAUUGAAAUGUAUUUAGAUAUUGCCCAUUUGUAAAGAUUGUAAAGGAAAGUUGCAAUGGACCUACAGAUCACACUAAGAAAAUACUUGGGAAUCCAGGAUAAUUCAAAUUAUGAUAAUAGAAUUCAAAGAGAUACAGUAAAACUUUGGACUGUGAGCAUCAU